AUACACAUGAAACAAAUAGUACAUGCAAAUUCUUAAUGUACUAUUCUUGUUGUUAUUAUUAUUAUUCUCUCCUUUGAGAACUCUAAAUUCUUAAGGCUAGUUCAAAUUCCAUAACACAAGACCUGUUUGUUUGUUCUACAUUAAAGAAGCCUUUGCUUGUUGACUCUAUAAGCAUCAUUCUUGAACAUUGAAGCUUUGAAGGAAGAGAAGUCAAACAAACAUGUCUUCAAAUAAGGUAUUGAAAUCAGUGAAAGAUGAAAACCCAGAAUUGCAGAAGCAGAUUGGUUGCAUCACUGGCUUUUUUCAACUCUUUGACCGCCACCGUUUCCUCACUGCCAACACUCACCAAACACCUUCUUCAACUUCAGGUGAAAGCAGUAAUGGCAUCAAAGAGCUUAAUGCUAAAAACACAAUGCAGAAAGCAAAGGAAAAGAAUUUAAAAGGUUCCAGAGAGAAGCAACAAUUCUCCACAGAGUCUUCAAUAACUUCUAUGACUUCAUCAUCUUGUUCAUCUAGCAUGUCGUCCCUCGAGUUCAACAGGACAAUUCAGACCGAAUCACUGUCAACCGGUCGAAUCAAUGUUCUUGAAAACUCGAAUUCAGAACUAUCAUUGAAGCGCCUUGACACCCCAACACAGAAAUCCAUUGACUUCUAUGAUAUUGUCAAAGAGUCAAUUCAGAGAGAAUCUCAUGGAUUAUCUGUGAAGACUUUGCCUAAAGAGCAAAAGAAGGGUCCGAAUCACACCUUGAAAUACAUCGACUCGCCCCGGCCUCUGCCUGCCCCAAAAUCUGUCAAUGCAGGAGUUAUGAUCUCCAAUGAAGCAUUCCAUAAUCUUGCUAAGUCUAAGAAAGCGCCUUGGGAUUCGCCCCGGCUGUCUUAUGAUGGAAGGGAUACACAAGAUAGAUUCAAAACUGCAACAAAGCAUAAGGAACUUCCAAGGUUUUCCUUGGACAGCAAGCAAGGAUCCAUUGGAGGUCUCAAUGAAGGAAACAAGUCUCGCAACCUAUUGAAGGGUCCACAAAAAGGACAUUUGAGAAACUCCAGCUCAGUGCUUAACCAGCCACAAGAACCAGAUACUUCGAGAAGAUCAUCCAGUGUCGUAGCAAAGUUGAUGGGACUGGAAGCAUUGCCAGAAUGGACACAAACUUGCCAGACUCCACCAGCGACUGCUAGUUGCUACAACAAUAAAAAUGAGCUCUUGGAAAGAUCUAGAACAAGCGAUGAAUACAAGCAGCACCAAAGCUCUGUAUCUCCAAGAAGUAGCCAGGAAUCUACCUCGGCUCGAUACAGAAUUGAUGACUCGAUCACAAACACAACACCAUAUUCGCGAUUUGCUCUAGAAUCAAGUCCAUGGAGGCAAACUGAUGCAAACCAAAGUUCUCAACUGCAAGUUUCCAAGGGAAGUGAAUCUGAUGUGAAAGCCUCAAAGUCCUGCAUAUCUGUAUAUGGGGAAAUUGAUAAAAGGCGGGCAGAACUCGAGUUCAAAAAGUCUGGCAAGGAUCUCAGAGCCCUUAAACAAAUUCUUGAUGCAAUGCAGAGAUAUAAAGAUACAUCUGGCAGUACUAGUGAUCAGGCUUCAAAGUCUCCAUCUUACAAUAGAAAAAUUUGCAGUCUCAAUCAAGGAUCAAAGUUACAAAGUACAAGAAGUCGACAAAAAGACUCAGAGUCUGUCACAAGUGAGACAUCAAACACAAGCCAGGGUAGUGAAUUGCCAAUAUUCAUCAUGAAACCGGAAAAAGUUGCUAGAAAAUCCAGCAAUCCUUCUUCUAAAGGAAUUCCAGUUCGUGGUAAUGGAAGAUUGGCUGAGAAGCAAACAGGCAAAGAUGUCAGUUCAACCAUCAGAAAUGUCAGGGAUCCUUUUAGUCAAUCAAUUCCUUUAGCAAAUAAGGGUAAUAACUCGAGAACUUCAAAAUCGAUGCAAUCAUUGAAAGUUCAUCAAGAAAGCAAUGGAGAAAACACUAGUUCUGGUAACAUAACAGCUGCUAGGAGUCCAAGGGUACAGAAGAAGUUUGGAUUGGAGAGGCGCUCUCCACCAAGCAGCCCAUCUUCAGAUUCUGGUAUUAGCAGAAGGCAGGAGUAUAGGAACUCUUUGAGGUUUCCUUCUUCCCCAAGUACAACACCAAGACCGAAAUUGCACGAAAGAAAUGAAUGUUUCAGCGAGCCUAGCGUCCAUUGGAGGGAUUUUAAGGCUCGUGUUAACUUCAUUUCUCCAGAUUUUGACAAGAGAAGCAGUGAUAGAGAAAUCAUUCGCAUGGAUCAAUCAGGAAAUACUAAUAGCUCUUCCAUCCAGCUUGGCAGCCUGAAUCAAAAUUGUUCAGGAAGCUCUAAGGCUGACACAAUGGUUACUGUAGAACAACCAAGUCCUGUGUCUGUUCUUGAUCCUGCAUUCUACAGGGAAGACCCACCAUCUCCAGUGAGAAAGAGAUCAGACAUGUCAGAUGAUUUAGGUGAAGAAGUUCUAAGUGCUGAUGAAAACAGUGAGGAGAACUCUGUUGAUCUUCCUUUAUCCAACACAACAAAAGCUAACUUCAUCAUUCAUGAUAGAGACUCGAAUACCCAGAAUUUCAUUCAAAUUCUUCAAGAUAUCAAUCAGAAUGAUGAGAAACUCACCAGUUUCAGUGACAAUAAGGAUUCUGACCAUAAAUAUAUAGCAGAAAUCCUGCUAGCAUCCGGUCUUCUUAGCGGACGCACCUCUAGCCAGAUUUCUCAUUCACCAGGUUACUUGAUUAACCCAAACUUAUUCUUUGCAUUAGAACAAAUGAAAACACACAAGAAGGAUUUUAACAGUGGCAAGAUUAUUAGUCCAGAGCAAAUGCAAAGAAAACUCAUAUUUGAUGUGGUUAAUGACAUUCUUGUUCAAAAAUCAUUCUUGGAGAGUUCUUAUACUCAGUGGCGCCUAACAAACCAGCUACCAGGUAGAAACCUACAGGGGAAGCAGCUUUUGGAUGAGGUAUGCACAGAAAUAGACCAGUUACAACCUCAGAAAAAGAAUCUUGACUUGGCCAUUGAGGAUGAGAAUUUGACCAGUCUCUUAUGGGGAGAUUUGAAUUUGAUGCAUCACCCCACAGUUUGGACUAACAGCAGCACUGAGAUACCAAAUGUUGUGUUGGAUAUAGAGAGGUUGAUCUUUAAAGAUUUGAUAACUGAAGUUGUUAGAGGAGAAUUAGCAAACAGUGCUGGUAGGCAUUGCAGGCAAUUACUGUUUCAUUAGCUUGACCCAAAAAGAGGAAAAAUAAAAAGUUCCAAUCUUGUGUGUCACCCUUCAAUACACACAGUUUGAAGAGAGGCUAAUAAGCUGCUUAGUUGAGUUUAA